AUGAGAACUGGGAUUCAAGUCUCUGGAAGAAUGAAACUUCUUAUAGGAGUUCUUGUUUUGCAACUUUGUUUUGCAGGUUUUCAUAUUGUGUCUAGAGUUGCACUCAAUAUUGGUGUAAGUACAGUCGUUUACCCGAUUUACAGAAACCUCCUCGCUUUAAUUCUCUUGGCUCCGUUUGCAUACUUCUAUGAGAGGAAAGAAAGACCACCCCUUACAUUUCCGUUGCUCGUUCAGUUUUUCCUCUUGGCUCUAAUCGGAAUCACAGCCAACCAAGGAUUUUACAUACUCGGGUUGUACUAUGCAACACCAGCUUUUGCUUCUGCUAUGCAAAACUCGGUUCCUGCCAUUACUUUUCUCAUGGCCUCUACUUUAAGGCUUGAGAAAGUAAACCUAUCAAGGAGAGAUGGGUUGGCAAAAGUUAUAGGCACAAUUGCAAGUGUAGGAGGUGCAACUGUUAUUACCCUCUACAAAGGAGCUCCACUUGUGCAUCAAGAUGCGUCUAAUGUGAACAAUAAUCAAGAUCUUCUUACCGGGUCGACAAACAUGCUUAACUGGACAUGGGGUUGUAUUUACCUAAUUGGUCACUGCUUAUCAUGGGCUGGUUGGAUGGUCUUUCAGGCUCCCAUAGUAAAGAAGUACCCAGCCAAACUUUCACUCACCUCUUUUACAUGCUUCUUUGGGCUGAUUCAGUUCAUGGUCAUAGCAGCAUUUUUCGAGAGGGAUCCAGAGAAAUGGAAAAUUAAAUCUGGGGAAGAGAUUUUUACCAUCUUAUAUGCAGGCAUUAUUUCAUCUGGGAUUGUGUUAUGGCUUCAAACAUGGUGUAUUCAAAAGGGAGGGCCUGUUUUUGUUGCGGUUUUCCAGCCCGUCCAGACUGUUCUUGUUGCUUUUAUGGCUUUUGCGAUUCUUCAUGAUCAGUUGUACCUUGGAGGAUUGUUGGGGGCAGUUCUCAUAAUGAUUGGUCUAUACUCAGUACUAUGGGGCAAAACAGAAGAACAGAGAAUAUUGGCCAGGGCAGAAAGAAAGGAAGGUCCAUUAACAAAACAUCUUCUUGAUGAUGAUGACAGCAAAAAUCAAGAAUCCACCAAUGUUUCUGACAUCCCUUGA